GAAGCAGGAACCAGGAAUAAGAAUAGGAAAAUUUCACCUAAAUAUUCAUGAAAGAUGCCGACGAAAAAGAAGUACAAUUCUCGCUUUCCUCCGGCACGAAUUAAGAAGAUAAUGCAGACAGAUGAAGAUAUUGGUAAAGUUGCUGCUCCUGUACCAGUAAUACUUUCAAAAGCAUUAGAAAUAUUUAUGCAAGUUUUGUUGGAGAAAGCUUGCAAAAAUACUCAAGCAAGACAUGCAAAAACAAUGUCAACGGCACAUUUGAAGCAGUGUAUUAUAUCAGAAAGCCAAUUUGAUUUCCUGAAAGAAUUGGUAGAAAAAAUUCCCGACCUUCCAAACAAAGAAGAAGAUGUUGAUGACAUUGAUGAACCAAAAGCCAAAAGGAAAAAGAUGGCUGAAAGUUCAACAAUGACAUGUAAAGACAAGGCAACAAAAAAACAAAAAACAAAGAAGGAACAAAAAGACAUUAAUUCUAUGUCUGAUGAUUUCAUAUCUGAUGAAGAGGAAAGCUCAAACUCAACUGAAAGUGGAAGUAAUUCUGCUACAGGAGUGCAUGGUACUCUUAACACAAGCACAAAGCCAACAAUGAAUUCAACUUCUACAAUUACAAAGCAAAUGUUUAAUAAUCACACAAGUUUGCCCAGUAAUCCCCUUGUACCAUCAACGUCAACUCAAGGAUUUCUUCACUUUCCAAACUCGAGUAUUCCUACGCCUAGAAUUUUCACAGCAACACAGUCGGAAGACGACGACUAUGAUUCGUGAAGUACUUUGUAUAAGAGGGAAAAUUUUUAGUUACAAUAUUUCGCAUAUUUUCACAAAUAAAAGCGAAGUGGAAUAGCACCAAUUGGGGCGUAAAUCGUGCACAGCAAUCCUUCGUGCAACAAUCCUCUCUUUCUCACGAAGAUAAAAAAGUUUAUUUGUUAAUAUUUUGUUUAUACUGUCUAAGACUACGAACGAUUUAAUCUGAUUUAAUGAACAUUUUUAUCAGUAGAUGUAUUAAUAAUGAUUUCACUUAA